AUGUGCAUUUUGGCAGCUUGUGUUUUUCUAGGAGUUCUCCUUUUACUUGCACCCUCGCAGUGCUUGGCGUGUCCUUUUGGCUGUGAAUGUUUUGCGGUCACCCGCACGGUGAAGUGUGUCUCUAAGGAUCUGCUCGUAGUGCCACAAAACAUUCCAGGAUCUACCCGGAAUGUCAUCAUCACAGGGAAUAAUAUACAUCAAGUCGGACCAGAUUCGUUUACAGAACUCCAGAAUGUCACUAACGUCAUUUUAAGCAAUAACAGGAUCACAGAGUUGGCCUCCCACACCUUUGCCAGCCUCACCAGCCUGCGCUCUUUGGACCUCAGUGGUAACCAGCUGGCACUAAUCCACCCAGAGGCGCUCAGCAUACCUGGAAGCCCCCUUCAGGAGCUCAACCUGAGCCACUCGCUGCACAACUUCACCGCCAUGACCGACCUGGCCACGGCUCUCCGCUGGGGCGGACUCUGGGGGCUCCGCCGCCUGGACCUUUCUGGAAACCUCCUGACACUUCUCCCGCCUGGCAUGUUCUCCCACGUUCCCAGUUUGCAGCAGCUCUUGCUCAGGAACAACUCCUUGGUGGCUGUCUAUGCAGGGACCUUUUCCGGCAUGGACCAUGUGGAGACCCUGGACCUGACGCACAACAACUUUGAGGCGUUCAGGGUCGACGCACUUCAAGAACUAGAGAGACUUGGCAACGCUCAGAUCUUUCUCGGUAAUAACCCAUACACCUGCUCCUGUGAGAGCCGAGACUUUGUGACCUGGCUGAAUAAAACCAGAGCCCGGGUGGAUGCUGACGCGGUCAGAUGUGCAUCACCGGAGGCUUUAGCCGACACCCGGCUGCAAGGGCUCACCGUCCAGGCCAUUGGUUGUGUAAUUCCAGUCCUGGCUGAGGUGGCUGACCUCACCUUGCAGACGUCAUACGUUUUCCUGGGGGUGGUGGUGGGCUUUGUCGGCAUGGUUUUUCUCUUUGUGCUGUACCUGAAUCGAAAUGGCAUGAAGAAGUGGAUCAUAGAAACGAGGGAUGCGUGCAGGGACGUUCUGGAGGGCUAUUACUACCGCUACGAGAUAGACUCUGACCCUCGGUUGGGUCACAUCACGGCCGGCAGCAGCAGGUCACAAAGGCAUUUGGGACAAGCGCUGUCCCAACAGUUGCCAAAUGACACGUGUAUAGUCCAAACCCCGACAGAUACCUCUCUUGCUGUAAACUCAUGAUCUUGGAGUUUCAGUGAAAGAAUAAAAGAUACAAGUGCAUUUUUUUUUAAUUAAUUACGAUACCAUCCAAUAAUUUAUUUAGUUUGCAAAUUCAGUUCAAAAAGUAAAAGUCACAUUCAUUCCCAAGAGUGAAAUGUGCCGAGGGGUUAUUUGUUAAAUUUUUUAUAAUUCUGAAAAAUGUUGACAGGUUUCCACAAUCAGCGUUAAACUGCAGAAAGGUCACUGCAAGAGAAGCUGGCUGCUUUGUCCUAGCAUGUCAAAAUGUGGAGAAACAACAGGAACAGCAGCACUCUCUUUCAUAAAAAAAGAAAGUACAUUUUAUAUUUUAUUUGAAAAUCAAG